AGGCAAGGGCUGUAGUCUUUAGAUAGAUCUGAAUUUCAGUUAGAAGAUAACGAGUGUCCACAGCCGAAGUGCAAAUGUGUUUUCUCCUUGUGUUUUUAGUGUAGUGUAAGUACUAUUCAGAGUCUGCAUUGUUGUCAUGGUAUCUACAAACAUCUGUAGCCAAUUUGCGCAAGAACUGUUAACAUCACUGCUUUUUAACAGUUAUCUAACGGUAACUAACCAGAGGAGAGUAGCUAAUGUCCAUGGUGUUGACAGGGCUAAAGUGAUUUCAUAGAGAAGAAACUGCACUGCUUCCCUUACUCUCAAACUCCUCUGACUGAAAGAUUUGUGAGCCUGGGUAGUGCAUCUUUUCAAAUAAUUCUCAUGGAACUUGUGUAUUAUCCAGAAGUGUUUGACUUUUUUCCUAUACUACUUAGUGUAAGCUUUGCACUGUGGUGUUGUAGCACCUUUGUGAUCUUUUCUGCUCUUCUGAGCAGAAACUGAUGAUUUUCUGUCACCUAAGUUCUAGCUGUAGUGGGAAGUGGAGUGAGGGACUGACGAGUCAGCAAAACUUGGAAGUGGUUAGUUAGGAGUUGUCUGGUGUAGAAGACCACUGUCUGUAGCAUUUGUUAUGAUCUCAUUGGUUCCAUGUGCUUUUCUGUCUGUCUUGUUUUGUUACUGUUUUACAGUUCUAUUCUAAGCCAGCCAUGGAGGACAGCAGGUGAGUUGCUGCUUGCAUUUGUAGAGGGACAAAUUUUGUUAUGUACAUUGAAGGGAAUGAUAGUAUGCAGACUGGGUGGGGAGAAAACAUGGAUCCUCAAGAGUUGUGAUGACAAAUAAAAAGAAUUAUUACUCUGUUUUUAAGUGCCAAGUAAAAUUACAAAGCUUGCAAAUUGGAGCAUAUUUUUAUCUCUUUAUUAAUGAGCAAAUUAAGUCAUUAAUACAUAAAAUAUUUGUUUACUAGCUUCACAAGGAACAAGGACAAGUAAUAUGAUGUAAUAAAUUAAUGGGAACAUAUAUUUUGGGGUUUGUGUAUGCUGUUUGAAUGAAAAGCUUGAAGUUGUGGUUAACAGUCUUGGACACAGAUGUUGAUAUCUGUGUGUUUUUACCUAGAAAAUUCAGUGUAUUAAGAGCGCUAGUAUGGUGUGUCUGAUUAACUGAGUUUCAGAUGAAGAUACCUAUUUCUUUUUUGGUAACGUAUUCCUAGACAAAUUGUUCUUUUUCCUCUUAGCUGUACACUAUAAGUAUUAUUUAGAGACUAUUAAAUACUAAAAUACUGGCAUGUGAUGUGGACUUUUUUAUUCUUUUGCACAGAUGAAAGGAAAAAGUACACAGUCAAAUUAUGAGGCUUUAAGUAUGGCUCCAAUGGAAGAAGAGUAUUUUACUGAUUCGAUGAAAGCUAAGCUAUUGAUGUUCAAAGCUAAUAGGGCAAAGAUAAAACCAAAUACAUACAGACUGGAGUCACAUAAUAAAUUUAAGGAUUAUUUAGUAAGAGACAAAGCUCAAGUGAUACUAAUGAAUAAACUUCAACAAGCCAAAUAUGAUGGAGUUUCUAGUCCUUCCUUGUGUGCUUCAAUCUCAGAAGAAAUAUUAAAGGCUGUGAAGGAAUUGGUAUUUGAUCGUUACAAGUAUGUGGUAUCCGUACUAAUUGUGGAAAAGGCAGGUCAGGCAAUAAAUGUUGCCAGCAGAUGGAUCUGGGAUGUUCAAAGAGACACUUGGAUUUCAGCUAAAUGUGAAACUGAAAUUAGCUUAAAUAUAAGGCCCAAUUCUUAGAUUUAGUAAGUCUUAUUAAUGCUGCCCUAGGUGGAAACAAUCCCUUGAAAACACCCCUGACCUGGAAGGACUAUCCUGGUUUGGUUCCAUUUCAUGCCUGUUUUAACCCAGUGAUUAAAAACUCGGUCAUGCUCUCAGAAGACUUAACCCAGUGGACAUCCUUGAGGUUACUGCUGGAAGCUGUUAGUCCUUAUCUAUGCCAAACAAUACCAAAAUGGGAAAUUUGCUUGCUCCUCUGUUCAUAGCCCAGCAUGUAAGUGUCCACCAAAAUCAUCUGAAGUUAAUGUGCUGGCUGUGCAUGUCAGUGACAAAGACUUACAUUACCUAAUCGCUCACAGAUCCAUCACAACUGCUAAAUAUGACAGACAUGAGGCAGAAUCCUGUCUGGAGCACAAGAAGAUUGAGGAUCUCUAGGCAGUGCAGUGCUGGUACAGUUGUUUUGUGCUCAACCUGUGACGAGACACUAACAAAAGCAGUGGCCAAGAACUAGAGAAAGCAGAACAUAACAUAAAGUUAUGAGGUUGCUCUGAUAGUUGAGGCUGAAAUGAACAUAGGAAAGAUCCACAAACAUGGGCAAUCCAAUUCCUUCUUCUUCUGGCCUGUCUGCAGUCAGAUUAAUUUUGGAUAAAAGUGUGAAGAAGUGGAGAGGCUGCAGUGGGCACCAGCCUCUGCCAACCUGGCACCAAGCACAGACCCACCAGCCAAGAACCAAGCUUCUGAGGGUCCAGCAGGCAAGUUUGUUUUAAAACCUGCAUUAUAGUCUUUAUAAUCCUGUUCUUGAUUCUAGCUUUUUGAAUUGUAAAAGCCUUUUGAAAAAGGUCUGAUGAAAAAUUUA